AUGUUCAGGAAUCAGUACGACACAGAUGUGACGACAUGGAGCCCUACAGGUCGUCUUUUCCAGGUAGAAUACGCCAUGGAAGCAGUGAAGCAAGGCUCUGCUGCAAUUGGUCUCAGAUCUCGCACUCAUGUCGUACUCGCUUGUGUUAACAAAGCCCAAUCGGAGCUCUCUUCACAUCAGAGGAAGAUCUUCAAAGUCGAUGACCAUAUUGGUGUUGCAAUCGCCGGUCUUACCGCCGAUGGUCGUGUUCUCUCUCGUUAUAUGAGAUCGGAGUCAAUCAAUCACGCUUUCACCUACGAGUCUCCUCUUCCCGUUGGCCGUCUCGUCGUUCAUCUCGCCGAUAAAGCCCAGGUCUGUACCCAACGAUCAUGGAAACGGCCAUAUGGUGUGGGUUUGCUGGUAGGUGGAUUGGAUGAGUCUGGAGCCCACCUUUACUACAACUGCCCAAGUGGAAACUACUUUGAGUAUCAAGCUUUUGCUAUCGGGUCCCGUUCACAAGCCGCAAAGACUUACCUGGAACGCAGGUUUGAGAGCUUUGGGGAUUCUUCAAAAGAAGAUCUGAUAAAAGAUGCUAUUUUGGCUGUUAGGGAGACAUUGCAAGGGGAAACGCUGAAGAGUUCUCUCUGCACGGUCGCUGUUCUAGGGGUCGGUGAACCAUUCAACUUCUUGGAUCAGGAAACAAUACAGAAAGUGAUUGACACAUUUGAGAAAGUGGCAGAGGAAGAGGAAGGUGAGGGUGGCGAGGGUGAGGCGGAAGCUGCUGCUGCACCACCAGCAGCAGAACAAGGUGACCAAGACGUGGCUCCAAUGGAAAUGUAA